AUGGCUAGUAAUGAAGGGCUGCAAAACCUAAUCGCGGCUACCAAAAUGCUCGAGGAACCGGUACCGCAAUGGAAUCAUAGUACGACAAUCGUACUUUCGGUCGCUUGUGUUCUUUUCCGCCUUUACGUGCGACUCUUCAUGGUCAAGAUGCCAGGUUUUGAUGAUCUUUUCGUCUUCCUCUACCUUCUCUCAGGAAUCGCCGGCGGUGUCGCCAUCUGUCUCGGUCCGCAAUAUGGGCUUGGUAAACACUUCCUCCUGCUCGACGCUGGAGAAAGGCGGUCCUAUUUCAAGCUCUUCUACGUCUGCAUGGUGUCUUACAGCACCUCAACAACGCUGAUCAAGAUCUCCCUGCUGUUCCAAUAUCUUCGCAUCUUCGACCGGGGUACCAUGAGGUAUAUCUGCAUAUCUCUGAUCGGCCUGAUCGGGCUCUGGGGCUUUGCCUUUUCAUUCUUGGCAGUGUUUCCUUGCUUCCCUGUCAGCGGCUACUGGGACUGGCCGUUGGGUCCAACGGGGGCCCGGUGUUACGGUUUCGGAGGAACGGCAGGGAACGAGGACUACGCGACUUUUACUGCCCAAACAGCCAGUAACAUGUUGUUCGACAUAUUGGUCCUCGGCGUGCCCAUACCACUCUAUUUCUGGAAAGAUACAGAACGUCGAGCGAGGCUCGGGCUACUAGGCCUGUUUGGCAUGGGUGGAAUUGUGAAUGCUUUAUCCAUCUGGAGGCUGGCGACGAUUGUCAUUCACGGUGCCGAUGGCGCAUCGUUCGACCCGACUUUCACGAGCGUGGCGUCCAUCAUACUUGGUAUGCUAGAAGUCUGUGCUGCCAGCAUCUGUGCUUCAGUUCCAGUAUUCUGGCCAGUGCUCGCCUCUGGCUUCGAACAAAUUCUGGUGACUCGGGAGAUCAAAAUCACACGGGAAUACAUGUAUUCAAGAGAUGGCGAUGACGAGAUGGAACUUCGCCACAGGUCGAGCGAUCUCAGUCAUAUGGCGAUGCACAGCCGGGUGCGGAGGGUGGACAGUGAGACGAGCCUUCGGAAACCUCACUACAAAGAUGAGUUCAAGAAACCCUCUUUCGCUGUGGAGUCGGAGGCAGUACCAGCUGGUUGGUCGUAA